AGUUUUUUCUCUGAUUUUGUUGAUUUAUUUGGUGGUAACUUUGCUAUUUUCAGGUUUUUCUGCUGAUUCUGAGCUUUGAUCAGAUGUUUGAUCGUUUCUGUGAUGAUUUCUUAAAAAUCUUUUUAGGAUUUUAUUUCAUUUCCUGCGUGUUUGUAAUUUUUAUUCGUUUCACAGCUUUUUUUCUCGGUGAUUCUGAAACUUUUCUCGCUCUUUCUGCAGCUUUCUGUCUUUCCUCCAGGCUCCUCUCCGGUUCUCCGGUUCUCCGGUGUCUCCUCCCAGCAGCAGGUUCCGCCUCUUUCGUUCCGCAGAUAAAACUCCGCUGUCUGUGCGCUUUUCCCGCACAGGCGCGUCCCGGAGCUGCACCAUGUCCACCGGAUCUCUCAGCGACGUGGACGACGAGCUGCUGGACGGAAUCCUGAAGUUCUCCUCCGGGAAGGACUCCACGGAGAGCACCGGGGAGAGCUCCAACUGCGAGGGCUCCGGAGCCGGCGAGGAGCGCGGCGACGCUCCGGGGAAACGGCGCAAAGCGGCGACCCGCAAAUCCGCUCCGAAGGGCGCGGCGCAGCAGGAGGGCAAACAGGUGCAGAGGAACGCGGCCAACGCGCGGGAGCGAGCCCGGAUGCGCGUGCUGUCCAAAGCCUUCUCCCGCCUGAAGACGUCCCUGCCCUGGGUGCCUCCGGACACCAAGCUGUCCAAGCUGGACACGCUGCGCCUCGCGUCCUCCUACAUCGCUCAUCUGCGCCAGAUUCUGGCCAACGACAAAUACGAGAACGGAUUUAUUCACCCGGUCAACCUGACGUGGCCCUUCAUGGUUGCUGGUAAACCAGAGACGGAUCUGAAGGAGAUGCUGAACUCCACGCGGCUCUGUGGAACCACCGCGUCCUGAUGGAACCUUUAGAACGCCUUAAAACGGAACCUUUAGAACCCUGUCCAGAGGAACAUUUAGAACUUCUUAAACGGAACCUUUCUCUGUGCAGAACCCUGAAGAACCGUCUUCUGAGUGGAACCACCGCAGCUGAAGGACUUAACUUAAUGAAUCUUUGCUGGUCCAAAGAUGAUCUCAUUUGUACAGUUUUUUUUCUAUGAUGAACUUCUGUGUAUAAAAUGUAUUUGUUCA